AUGCGGUCUAUUGAUGUGUGGCGGCUCACGUGGUUGAUUGCCGCAUCAAGUGGAUUGCUCUCAUUCCAAAGUAAAUUCUGUCAAGGUUUCGUUUUACAUGGCAAACUUCGUUCUUCUGUAGUCUUGUCUCGACUUCCUCUCGUCUCGUUGCUACGUGUGGAGGUAUCAAAGAGCUUGUAUACGUGGUUUUACCUUAUCGGUGCACUCCACAGCAUUGGUAUACUGUGGAUUGCAGUCUUUUAUCAAGAUAAACCUGCAGUGCAGAAGGCACUACACUUUGCUCAUCCGAUAAGUAAUCAAGACGACAACAAUAUUAUUGCGCUUCAGCCACAUACGAUCGCAUUUUUGACACUAUUUUCGAUACAUACGACACGGCGCUGCCUUGAAUCAUUCUUGAUUACGGAGUUUGGGAAGGCCAAGAUGCAUGCAUCCAUCUUUUUUGUAGGUAUUUAUCACUACAUUGCAACAGUGCUUUCUGUUCUCUUUGAUCCGGACUCAAUUACAUCUCACGAGCUUACGACGUCUCGUACUAUGAUGAGUGGAUUGGGUAUCAUGAUCUUUAUCAUGGCAUCGUAUCAUCAAAGCUACUGCAAUUAUCUCUUAGCACAGCAAAAGCGUGCUAACAACAUGAAUCAUGUGAUUCCUCGUGGUGAUUGGUUUAACUUGGUGCGCAGUCCACUAUAUACAACGGAAAUCAUGCUUUACAUAGGGUUUAUUCUAGUCACAGGGUGUACAACCACGAUGCUCUAUUUUGUGUCAAUUUGGGUGGUUAUCAACCAAAUUUUACUUGCACAAAUUAGUUCAAAAUGGACCGAGACGAAAUUUCGUGAUCAAAUUGAGAAACUUCCGAAAUGGAAUCUUGUGCCGUACGUCUGGUAA